AUCCGAUAAUACUUCGCGGCUGCGCCAUGUUGACUUCCUCCGCCGGAGGGAUGUCUCUGCUGGACGAGCUGAUUGCUUGUGUUCAUUAUCGAAUUCUGCUGUGCAUGGAUGAAGGGGCCCUCUCGAGCAUGGGCUCCUGCAGCCAUUCCUUACACCAAAUCGCCCGCUCGCAGGCGCUGUGGCAGCGCUUGGCCAUGUGCCGCGAUCGCCUGGCCGCCGCGCGGUUCUUGGGCAGCUUUAGCCCCGAUGCCCGGCGGCCUGUGGUGACCACCGAAGACCCCAGUCCUUAUCUCCCUUGCUCCCGCUUCGUGCCGAGCUCCAUGCACAGCGGGGCUUCCGGCGCGUUGAACGGCGAGGGCACCAUUGAUUGGAGAGAUGUGUGCCGCCAUUUGAACAAGUGCAUGGCCGAAAGACCCUGGGAAGAGGUGCCAGAAGCUUCGAACGGACGCAGCGCCGCCCUGUGGACCGACUUGACCGACGACGGGAACGGCGCAGACGACGGCGCCCCGAACGAGCCGCCGCCGACGGGAGCGACGCUGCUGGGGUCGCAGUCGCCGCACGUGUUUUGGAUCGGCGGCGACCGGCUCCUGGGUCUUGCGGGCGGCUAUUCACCGGACGUGGUCGGCGGAUCUGCCAUUCACCCGUUGAGGGAGAUCUAUUUGAUGGAUCUUCCUGACAUCUCUGACUCACACGCGACGCUCACACGGCCGGACCUCUCUGUGAAGAAGCUUGAUUGUGGCACGGCCAAUGGCAGGUUGCCGCACGGGCACCCCUCGGUGAACGGCUGCGCAUGCGACUUCGAUGCCUUGCGCUCCACGAUCUUCUUCUUCGGCGGCGGUACGCCGCAUGCAGAGGUCUACCACGCCACCAGCGCUUUGCGCUUGGAGGGCUGGGACGGGGCGAACCCCACGGCCCAGUGGCAGGUGGUGUCCUCGCCCGGCAGCAUCGAAAGUGACGAGAUCCCUUUGGCUCGACAGGGGGUCAAGGGAACGGUGUACUGUGAUGAGUUUGUGAUCUUCGGAGGGCGCUUGCAGGGCGGCCGCUGCACGAACGACGUUUGGUCCUUGAACUUGGAGGGUGAUUCCUUCUCCUCACCUCCGACCUUACCCUGGAGGCGCCUCGACUGUGAUGGUCAAGCGCCCUCACCUCGUGUUUGGCACAGCGCGUGCCAAGCAGUUCACGGCCAAUGGUUCAUCUACGGCGGGAGCACUUGGCAGUUCGAGGAGCCCGCCGAACCUCAUGACUUCAGAUCGCUCUUUGUGCUACACAUUGCGGAGAGGCGAUGGUCUUCCUUAGCUGCUGCCUCACCCACACGGCCUCCGUGGGCAGUGGCCGCAUGCCUCCUUCCGCUUGGAUGUUGUCAGCUCUUGCUGCUCGGUGGGACCUUGCCCCACAAGCUUGGAGCGACGGGACUCAAUGCUCAUUCCUUGCGGCACUGGCGAUCAUGGUACAAUCGUUUGGAUGAACCAUGGGUCUUCGACCUGCGCUCGGGCGAGUGGACGCCCCGCGGUGCUGCCGUGGCGCUCCCGUCGGACGCCGAGGACCGAGAACAGCACGUCGCAGAGGUCUACUUGCGCAGCCACUUCGCGGCAGUCUUCGUGCCGUCGCGACGGAGCGCCCUGGUCCUGGGAGGCUCCAGGUACUUCACAGGUGAAUACUUCAACGAUCUGCUCGAGUUGCAGCUCCCUUCGAGCACGUCGUCGCGAGCGAGGAGGUGCGGCUCUUCGGUGCUGGGGCGCGGCCGCCAGGAGAGCCAGCAUCCUUUGUGUGGCCCAUUCCAGGCGCCGAACGGACUGCCUCGCCAUCUCCAAGUGGCCGACGGCCGCGAAGCCUCGCUGACACGGGGCUUCGUGGGGCGUCUGCGGGGGAUGCUGCAGGAGGGCAUCAUCAGCCAGGAGCAGUUCAAUCUGAUGCGUUCGCCUGGGUGACAGCUGAGUCUCACCAAGUGAAAAACAACAUGUGGCUGUGAGGAACUUGGGAACUUCGGCGCAUCAUCUGGGACCACCAUUGCGCAAAUGCUGUUGGG